UAAAGCCUCUCAUGUUAGCCGUGUAAAACUUCAGACUACAACUCAUGCUAAACUCUUUACAACCGCAGAAAAAAGAAACUGGACGCGCAUCAUAGAUUCUCUGCAUUGAGUGACGAGCUCAAACGCCACGCCAGCCGACUGUGACUCCCGAACCCCCCCCCCCCGCUGUGCAGGCUGCAGCUGACGUUCCUUCGUCUGCACCUGACGGUGUCGCAGCCAACAUGAGACUGGCUCUGCAAGCCGCCCUGUGCUGCUGCGCCCUCUCCGCCCUGCUGCCGGCGAGAGGCGCCGCCGCGGGGGAGCUCGACCGCCGCCCGGAGGAGAGGCUUAAAGCGCGGCUGCAGAGCCGCGUCGAGAGAGACGUCGGCUUGAGGACGGCCAGUGACCAGCGGCUCCCCGACGGACAGGAGGAGAACGCAACCAGUGUCUCGCCUCCACCGAGCUGCGGGCUACUCAUCAGAUCCAGGAGGUCAACGUCCAAACCCUCCGGCUGCCAGUUGGUCACGUGCGUCUACCACGACCUCAUCUUCCAGCUGCACCAGAUCCACCAGAUAAAAUCAUGUGCUCCCGUGAGAAAGAUCGGCCCAGGCGGCUACGGGCGCCGCCGCCGCCGCUCGCUGGCUCCUGGACGCCGCUCGGCCCGCCCUCCGGACACGAAGACAGCGACAACGGAGCACUGAAGAUGGUCAGAGAGUCCGCAGACACUAAAGCACACGCACAGUGGCCUAGAGACAGGCGCGGAGAGGCAGAGGAGAAUCCUAGUUGGGGUUGUUUGCUCACAGCAGAUCAAGAUAAGUCCCCUCAGAAGUUUCAUUUCACAGAUUUACAACUAGAUAAAAACAACAACAAAAAACAAGCUCAGGUCACUCUGGAUGAAAGCGAGAUUGGGAGCAUAGAUCUGUGGAAUUUAAUUAAUUUAAAUAAAAGCGUGAUUCAUGGAGGAGAUCGAGUCACACCUGACAAAAAUGUCUGUCUCUUCUUCAGCUUCCAAAGAGCGCUCGGCCGCUGGGAUACGAGAGCAUUCCUGCACAUCUCCUCGUAGCAACCCGUGAACCGGGGAGGAACCGGGGAGGAACCAAGGAGGAAAUUAAAAAUAUAUAUAUAUAUAUAUAUAUAUAUAUAUAUAUAUACACACACAUUUCUGGACCCCAAACUGCAUCAAGCAGCAGCAUCUCUUAAACAAUAUGAACUAUAUCCAAAACAUAUAAUCACCAGCCUGUAUAUAACAAGGAAGUAUAAAGCCACCUUAUAUUUAAGUAUACUAUACAACUAUAUUUUUAUACGGCCUAAAUACAUAUCAAACAUGAUUUUUUUUUAUUUGUAACUUCAAUGAAGUGUGUAUCUUGUAACUAUCCUGUCCGGUAACAACUUGUUGUGGGACACUGUGGUGAUGGAUACGCAUUAGGUCCUCCGGUGAUGGUGAGUGGAUUAAAGUGCUUUGCUGCCAUCUAGCUUCACAGCAGGAAACGCCUUUCAGCUUCAACGACGCACAACAUUUGGUUUUAUUAACCUUUGCUUUGAAUCGUAUCCGCUCAUACAGCCUAAUUUAGUCCGCUGCAAUUACUAAAAUACUGUUAUCUAACAUGGUGUGUU